AUGUUUGCGAUUGCUGUAUUAGUCCUUUUCAUUCGCUCCGUUGUGAGCUGCGAGGAACCAAGAUGUAAUGGAACGUCCUCGUUAUCAAACACUCGGUUACUGGGACAUGUGUUUCUCGUAAAAGGGACCGAUAACAUGGUAGGCUGCAUAAACAUAUGCGACAAACAAACACAGUGUCGAAGUAUAAACUUUGACUGGGUUAACUUUCUCUGCGAGUUAAACAAAGCCGAUGUCCAUAUUGCUCCCCAAAGUCUUAUUCCAGCCAAAGGAUAUGUGUACUUGGAUAAUCCAUGGCCAAAAAUCCAAUUGGUGAGUCACCGGAAAGUUGUAUUUUGAAAUAUUCAAAAAGGACUAUUUUUUGUUUUACUAAAUAGACCAUUGGGGCACUAACUUUUAAAAGCUAACAUCCUUAGCGUGUUUUCGUAAGUUCUCAUCGGGUUAUUCUUAUGGUCGAUUUUUACGGACGACUCUCUGAUGGAAUUGGCAUGUUUUACUUUUGCUGACUUACGUAACACGAGAACGUGAUCGUUCCCAUCAUCCCCUCGUUCGGGCCUCUCACUGUUUUGUGAUGCCCGCUCACCCUCGGAGAGGCGCCCUAAAGAAGCCUCUUCGUAGCUGAUAUAUGCCCACUCUGAAUGAAAUACAAGAGGGAAAUUUCGUUUAUUAAGUAACCAUGUAACCGUUUACAAGAGAAAUAAUGGCACAACAUCUGCGAAGCUCCAUUAUCAGUACGCUAUUCGUUUUCGAUGCUUUACUAGUUAUGCUUCCUCUCUCACUCUCUUCAGCAGUUCUCCUUCACUACACCCCACUUUUAACUAUAAAGCACCUACUGAUCAAACAUUCAUGCGCUACUCCCACUGGCUUGAAUCCGUGUGGCCCAUUGUCCUGGUUUUGAAUGUGUUUUAGGGGUAGCCUGGGGGUCAAUACGGGUCUAAAUUAUACUGGUUAGAUAAAAUUAUGCUGGCAUAAAUUUCCUGAUAAAAACAUCAAAGUAAUACUUAAUGUCCUGGUGCCAGCAUCAAGGCUUGGUAAUGCCGUCAUAAUAGUGAUGUUUAGGAACAUAAAUGUUGAUAAAAUUAUCCUGUGGUUGUACUUAUUUUCGUAAAACAUCAAAGUAAUGUGUUUACAAAAAAAAUAGCACGUAAAUCCCUGUCAAUUUUUACUAAAGUGGCCUUUGUGGUUCUGCUUUGUUAACCUGAUGUACACUUAAAAAGAAGAAGAAUUUUUUCAGGGACUUUCUUUGAAGGCUUUUUUUUUAAGGCUUAAAAGGUUUUAAAACUGUUUGAAAAAAAAAAAAAGAGUGAGGCUACAUCAAAGUUACUUUCUAUGCCCGUAAGUUACUGGCUCCCCAAGUGCGUUUCAUGCAACACCCAUAAGUUUGAGAGUUUUAUGCAACAUGGCUUCCAGGUCUUCAACAUGGCUUCCAGGUCUUCCAGUUCGGAGUCACGUCCCUUGAACUCUGAGCCAAGCAGACUCAGAAACCGUGACAAAAAUGCUUUCAGCCGAUUACGAAUUCGAAGUUCGCAGCUUUCCGACCUUUUGGCGCGUAGCUGUGUGGUUACGACAAAGAAAAGCAAAAACAAAGAAAUCUGAGGGCGAGGUAAAGCGACCCAAAAGCCAUCAACAGUUGUGAAGAAUGUGUCAAUCGAGUCAAAGAUAAGAGAAUAUAAAGAUGUCGAGCCAUUUUGCAAAUCGAGUGGCAAAAUGUUCUGCAGAGAAGAGCUGGCAUUAAAAGCCAGCAUUAUCAAGGGACACAUUGAUUCAUUGAAGCAUAAGGCAGGAAAGGAGAUGCUGGCCUAGGUAAAGAAGAGGGAUAUUUCAAUACUGGAGGCCAUGAAAGAAGAGUGUUGUUGUUAUUUAAAAGAAGAAGAUAAUAUGUUAGCCUCUAUUUUUUUUUUUUUUUGCGCAAAAUUCACGUAGCAUCUUUGAGCAUAAUGCUAGGGCCGAGCAUAAUUUCGAGCAUAUUUCUAUGAUUUUACGAGUGACGACGCUCAAAAGCAUAAUGCUCAAAUUUUCGAGCAUAAUUUAUUUAACCCUACCAGGGUCUGGAAGGUAUUUUCGGGAACCGGGAUUUGACCAAAAUACGGUGCGGGAUUCGGGAAAACGCAAAUUAUAUCUUGACGGGAAAUGGGAUUUGACUGCUACCCGUUAAGCGGGAUUCAUCAGAACUUGGGCACGGGAUGCGGGAUUUUUUGCCUGUCUGUCGGGAAUUCAGAAGUCGUAUUAACGGCAAAUGCGAGUCAAGCAGGUGUGCGCUCAGUGAUGCCUCCUAUCAAAGCAAACUGUAUAGAGUUAUCUUGGUAAUGAUUAUCUCAAUGAAACUGUCAAGUAAUCAGCAGACGAGCGGACAGAAGACUUCCUCUUUCAACCUGAUGUCAGAAAAGUACCAGGUAUAAACGGUGCUAUCUGACCAGUUUUAAAUAACUUGGUGCAUGCAUGCAUCCUCCUCUCUCCCUCUUCCUUUCUUCCUCCUUUUCCCCACUUUCAUCGAAAUUACUUGGAACAAAGGACAAAAUUCGGCGAAUCUCGGUUCCCUUCUUUUGCACAGUACUGUACCAUGUUAGAAGUACUGGGAACUGUUUUUCUCUUUCUCUCAGACGUCAUGUGCACAAAUUCAGCAAAUAUUCCCGGAUGCUAAAUCUGGCUACUACUGGGUCUACAUUAAGGGAAAGAAGGCACAAGUAUACUGCGACAUGGACAAUUAUGGUAUGAACGCGUUGUAUUUAUCUUGUAUCAGUCUUGUCUUUGUUGCUGGCUUUAGUUACUGAUCUAUCCAGCUGCACCCCUUGAAUUUAUUAGCUACAUGGUUCAGGCAACAGUGAAUGAUGAAAACGCUUAAAUUUAAUCUGUUUUGAGGGAGGGGAGAUGAGUAAGCCCCUCUAUUUAUGCCGCAGGAUUGAUCCAGACACUAACAAGUUACCGUAAACAGGGGGUACACACAGUACCACAGGACACUACUUCUCAGUGGCUACUUUGAGUUAGUGGUCACCAUUGGCAUUUCAUCCACAGACUCAAAAUUAUCGUACACAGCUUGGAAUAAUCUCCAAAGCAGUGGUAUCAUCGACACAUGUAGUAGUAGGUGCCAGUCGGACAGGAGUUUGUUCGUCAUGACUGUGAAAAGGAUUACGCUAAACUGCUUAAUAGAUCAGUUUUCGUUUGGUAAUGAAAGAGUGUUCUCCUAAGUAUAGUGAUUGUUCUUUACGUCAUAAACCAAUAAUUAGUAAUUAUUGAAGGAAGAUGAGUAUGAUUAUAGAGUUCAAUGAGGGUGUUAUCACAUGAUAAUAUCUUCAUUUAAAGAUGUUUUCAGACUUCUAAAACUCUCCGAGGUCUGCAUAAUUCUUCAGGGUGGCACAAAAGCCGAAUGGCUGAAGCCCCGCGCAAACGGACGCAACAUUGUUGGCAAACAACUCCCAACAUUGUUGGGAAUUGUUGCGUUCGUUUGCACUUAGCUAAAAGUUUGACCGGUUUCAAACUUAGAGCAACAACUCCCAACAACAUACAAUAACAUGCAAUUACAGAGAGUGCAAACUGACGCAACAUGUAACAUCCAAUAAUGUUGGAAGUUGUUGGUCAACAAUGUUGCAUCCGUUUGCACGUUCAUCCAAUAAUGUUUUAUUAUUCAUUCAAAAUCACUCCUAGUUUUAAAACAAGCUAAAACACUGUGUCUCGAUUGAUUUUAAGUUCCCGUUGUACAUGUUAUUUCUUGGCUUAAAUUCAGGAGAUUUAAAGCAUGUUUAGUUCUGCAUAUAUUCUCUAUGUUUUUGGGAAAGUGACUAGUUAGGCCAAAACGUGACUGUAAAUGUUCCGCUAUAUUGUAUUACAUAAGGUACAUAGAAAAACAAGCAAACAUUGCUGUUUUUCACUAGUUGGAUAAAUUCCUUUUCAGGAAUCCUUUUUCAGUUGGGAAUGUCUGGCGUGUUCGCUAAAGCAACCAUAAACCACGCUCAUUUUUAAUUUGAGUCUGUUUGCUAAACCAAUCAAAUCCUUAUAUUCUUCUCUAUUUGUUGUUGACGUCGUAAUUGACUUAAUUUUGUUCAUGUGCAAUCAUUUCAAGUUCAAAAGAAAAUCGCUCUUGCCCCCAACCCAGAAGCCCGUAAAAUGUAACAUCCAGAUCACGGCAAAUUAGAGGGACUCUUCCGGGAUCUUUUUUAAUCACUUGAACUAUUAGGUGGAGGAUGGACGCUUGUUGCAAGUAUCAGUUCUUCCAGUAAUGACCAUCUUUUGAGAGCAGAAGUCAACUGCUUCAAUUCAACACGUUGCGUUGAGUUCAUCAACACCUCAACUCCAUGCAGGAAAUUAUCGGAUGAGGACAUCCACGAGAUCGCAGCAGACGAAGGUAUAAGGAAUAGAAACUAG